AUGGGCAACCAGUUCAAAAACGUGGCGGUGAUAGCCUGUUUAAAAACGUUUCUUUUUGUUUUCAACGUCGUAUUUUGGUUCACAGGGCUGCUACUGUUGCUGGUGGGACUAUGGGCCGAGUUUGACCUUCACAAGUAUAUGGAGCUAUCUCCUGAGUUCUCCGGGACUGCCCCGCACGUACUCAUUGGUAUCGCUUGUCUCAUCGUCCUCGUCAGCUCUAUAGCUUUCUCCUGCAUCAUCAAGGGCCAGCCUGUGUUGCUGUACAUCUACGGUGGAUUCUUGGCUUGUAUCUUUAUUAUGGACGCGGGAGUUGGGGCAGCCGCAGCAUGUUAUCGGGACACCUUCGCCAAAAGUCUACAUGACGGUCUCACCCAGACUAUCACCAAUACCUAUCCCCACAAGGCCAACUUUGAUUUCGCACAAAAAAAUUUGCGGUGCUGUGGCGUAUCUAACUACACUGACUGGAUAAGGCUGUCACCACAGAAAGUGAUCCCUAUCUCUUGCUGCCUCAACCCGGACAUCUGCAUCACGGCUAAUUACAGUGACGUCUUCCAACGAGGUUGUUACGCGGUGAUCUCGGAAUACUUGGAAAGCAACAUCGACCUAGUGGUAGGUGUCGCCAUCGGCACCGCACUGCUGCCGCUCAUCGGAACGUUCCUCUCAUGUUUCCUUGCCAGUUACAUCAAGAAAUCCAAGUACGACGUGGUCAACUAA